CUUAGUUCUGUAAGACACUCCCAAAACACGCCAUGUGCAUCUGCUUCAUCUCCAUUCCCCACAUCUACACAGCAGAAAGGAAGCCCGAAGCUCACAUUCCUUACAUCUCCUCCUCUUGGUUUCCUUCUUCUUCCUUCAGCAAAUGUCUACUUUACGGUUGGAAGGCAAGGUGGCGAUCAUCACCGGGGCCGCGAGUGGCAUCGGCGAGGCCGCCGCGAGGCUCUUCGCGUCCAACGGCGCCACUGUCGUCGUUGCGGACAUCCAAGAUGAGCUGGGCACUCGAGUGGCCGCCUCCAUCGGGCUCGGCCGAUGCAGCUACCGGCGCUGCGACGUGACCAGGGAGGAGGAGGUGGAGGCGACGGUGGACUACGUGGUGCGCACCCACGGCCGGUUGGACGUUAUGCUCAGCAACGCCGGCGUCCUCGGCCCGUUGGCGUCCGUCCUGAACGUGGACCUGGGUGAGAUGGACCACGUCAUGGCGGUGAACCUGCGCGGCGCAGCCGCGGCCGUGAAGCACUCGGCCCGGGCGAUGGUGGCCAAGGGCACCCGCGGGUCCAUCAUAUGCACCGGCAGCGUCACCGCCUGCCAGGGCGGGCUCGGUCCGGUGGCCUACACCGCCUCCAAGCACGCGCUGGUGGGGUUGGUGAGCGCCGCCGCCGGGGAGCUGGGCCUGCACGGGAUCCGGGUGAACUGCGUCUCGCCCUUCGGGGUGGCGACGCCGCUGGCCUGCGGGUACCACGGCAGGAGCCCGGAGCAGGUGGAGGAAUCUUCCUGCGCCGCCGCCAACCUCAAGGGCGUGGUGCUCAAGGCCCAUCAUGUGGCGGAGGCGGCGCUCUUCCUGGCCUCCGAGGAGUCCGCGUUCAUCAGUGGCCAUAACUUGGUCAUCGACGGAGGGACCACCGUCGUCAAUUCCUGCUUUCGGAUGAUGAGAUAAAGCGUGGUAAAUUGGCCGAGAGGAUCCAAGGAGGUGACGAAGACGAUGGAUUGGAUCCUCACACCUCUUGUCCUCGUUCCUUCAUCUUGUGGGAAGGAAUCAUCUCUUAUAUCACCAAAUGAAUACGUGCAAAACCUUUGGAUUUGUAAUCUUAUUCCAAUUCGACAUCUUCGCAGCUUCUUGUUUA